AAGCAACAGAAGGAGCAGCAAAGCAGCAAACAGCAGACACAGACGGUGACAAGGGAUGCUGUUUCUAACUAAUCAAAUUGAGAAAUGAGCUGUUUUGGUCAGGGCUGGGACAGCGCUCUGCUGGGGGAAAAUGCUCCGGUCUAACAGCAGGAGGCCGCCAGCUAGAGUGCGGUGUUCGUGCCGCUCCUGUUAACCGACAGGGUGGAAACAGCGAUCACAAAAGCCCAUUUCCAAUGAUAUAGAGACAUCCAGAUGUGAGCUUCUAAUCACCAACAAGGAAGGACCCAGAAGACCUUGGGCAUCUGUCUUGAAAUCACACGCAGAAAGCAAGCUUUGAGCAAAAAGCGACUUUCACAGCUGCGCGGUUUGCGGGGCGUAGCCGGGUAGGGAGCUCCUUUCCGCCGCCCGUCGCGCUGGGCUGUGCAGUGCAGCGGGGCCAGCGCGCUCCCUGCCCGCGAGUGCUCUCGACCUUUCUACACAAUGAGAUGCAGUGAAUCUUUUACCUGCUCAUGUUGAUCUCUGAGCUGCAAGCACCAGGCUUUCAAAAGCAUGUCCACAUUAAACCUUUUGUUUUCCGUGUGCCAGUUCAUCCAUGAGCAAAUGCUAAAUGAAAGAAUAAACUGCUGCUUGCAAUUCUCUCCAUAAAUGUGAACCUUUGAAGAACAAUCCAGAAAGUUAACAACCUUAUAGCUUUCACCUGGCAAUUUUUUGCACCUUGACCUUAACUAUAUUUCAGUUGCGCUACAGGACCUGGAAAACUUAUCAUCUACCCCAGUGAAGCAGAUACUCUCUUCCAAAAUGACUUUCCAAGCCCUGGUUUUGAGUCUGGUUUGUGUUGUGCUUGGAAAGGCGAAAGUGGAUACGCAGCCUGAGCAAAGAACGGUGAAGGUGGGUGACAGCGUGACUCUCAGCUGUUCCCUGACAGAGCCCAAGGACGUCCUGCAAGUGACAUGGCAGAAAGACUCUGUAAAAUCACAAAAUAACAUAGCUACCUACAGCAAGUCAGUAGGAUUAAAGAUUCAGAAGCCCUACCAAGACCGGAUGAAUUUCACCAGCCUGAUGCUCAACAACACAAGCAUCACUUUCUGGAGCGUGAGAAUAAAUGACACAGGGUGUUACUUAUGCUUGUUCAACACCUUCCCUUUCGGCUCCUUUUCGGGACGUUCUUGCCUAGUAGUCUACGGUCUCAACGCAUCUAUCCACUACAACAUUUCGGAAGGUCAUCUGAUAGCCACCUGUAGGGCUGUUGGCUUCCCAGAGCCCACCAUCAGCUGGAACAACGUAUUCAAUUAUACUCCUACACAGGAGAAGUUCACAUACGAUAAUGGGGUCGUGUCCAUCACCAGUCAACUGAAGGUCUAUGACUCUCACAAUAUCAGCAAGGAGGACUUGACCUGCAGAGUAAGCAACGGGAGUGAAGAAAUGGAAUUGCCCAUAAGUAUGAAAAAAAAAGAGGGAUUCAGGAUCUUGGGGUUGGCUAUUGCUGUGACUAUUUUACUUGUCAUCUUGGUCCUGGUUCUGAUUGCACUGCGUUGGAGGAAGAAGAUAUGUAAGAGGAGUUGAAGUGAUUGCAGAGGAUUUCCAUUCAUCUCCUGGAUCAUUACAGCCUAGCAUCCUGAAGUCAACACUAAAAGCAGAGACUUGCCUGACUGGAAAGUAGCAUCAGAACCAAUGUGCUGAGCUCUCUACACACCAUUUUUGUUGCUGAAAGACUACCAUGAUGUUUGAUCUAAACACUACAUCACAAGGAGAAGGACCAGAGGGAAUGCUCAACCCACUCUUCUGCUGCCAGGAAAUGUCUGCUCUGCUCGUGCCGCUCCUGGUACUGCUAGUCUGCAAAUGUAUUUGCCUUCUUCCCAUGGAAGCUGUGAGCAAUCUGGGGAUCCUCUUCCAGUGCAUAACUGCUCUCAGUAAAGAGCUGGGGGGAUUAUUUUACUAAUAGCUUUCUGCAGUGUCACAUUUUGCAGCCCAGCAUUCAUCAUUUUCUUCCUGUCAUCACCUUUUCUUCUUGUCCAGCUAAUGCAACUCUUUUUCCUCACUGUAUGUUUCAACAGCUGUAUUGCUGAGCUACCUCUAGAGAGAUCUGCCGCUGGAGGUCUCAAACCACACCAAAUCUGCCAAAAUUAUUGGUAGAAGGUCAGUAGGUUCCCAGGCAGGUGACAGAUGAGAGGCAGUAGCAGCCGUAGUUGGAAAAUAAGUGUUUUCAGUUAUUUAUUUUAGAUGACUUUCUUUUGAAUCCUGUUUUGGUUUGCUUGUUUGUUAGUUAUUUUAUUAUUUAAUAUGUAAAUGAGGAGAAGAUUGAAACAAAGCUGAGUAGUGGAAUUAUUGUCAUACCCUCCUUUCUGUCUGCUUUGCUGUCUUUCUCUCUCUGCCCUUCUGAUACAGUGCUGUUAAUACCCCAGCCUCUUCUUUGCUUAGUUGUCAAAAAGCAUGGGCUGGCCUUCUUGAUAGUCCUCAUGGUCAUCUGAUACACUGCUCCAUCUCCUGUCUCCAUCUCUUCUUGUUGCUUGUAUUUCAGCAAAGACAAAUUGCUUGGUUGGCCAAAGGCAAUUAUUCCACAGUUAGACUUUGUCACGUGGAAUGUUACACCCUGAGCUAACCGCCCUACGUCAGCUCUGUGUAUUUAACGGUGACAGUGGAAAGUUUUACAGAAGCUGAAUUUUCUGCUUUGCCAUGGUUUUGAUGGCAGAGGAAAGCAUUGUGUUCCUCUUACAAACUGACACCUGACUACUUCUGCCGCAGGUAAGACUGGAGCACAUACCUCUGGCUGUGCCAACUUCAUGGACCAUUUCACUGACAGAGUGGAUGGAUGCAGGGGUGCCCGGGUCCUCUGUUAAUUUCUGUUCUACUGAGGAGUGCUGAUGUUUAAGAUCUCGCUCAGUCUUUGUUCUGUCUUAAUAUUUGUCAGCUCCUCAGGAUCACCACCAGUCUUUUGGGUUUAAAUAGCAUUUGUCUGUGCGUCUGAGCUACUCCAUCUCAUUAAACAUGUAGUGUUUAGGACUGUGCUUCCUCACAGAUGUGUGGAAGAUGUGCACACAGAUGUGUGCGCACAAACCAGCUAAAAAGUCAAUUGAGAAGUUUAGCAGGACCUAAACUGCCAGUUUCAGAACAGUUAUUUGUUCUGUAGAAGUCCAGCCAGAGUAAUGACUUACAGAGUGGCUGCCUCUCUAGGGCCAGUAAUUGCAUGUGCUUAUGUCUGUGUGUAUCAUUGACCACAUGAGGGCUGAUGUUUGCUGUGCAGGUGCAGUAUGAGUUAUUUAUCUGUAUAAAUAACUCCAAUAAGUAAAUUUACUUUUUUUGGUAAAAAUAUUUGAUCCAGUUCAAUCACCAGCUGGUCCAUAAUUUUCUGCUUAUAGAUUUGCAAUACCAGAAAUGCUUUGUUCUAAAUUGGAAUUUUUUUUAAUAGUUUAAAUUUGUACUUUCCUUACUUUCUAUACAGAAAGUGGGAUUACAGGACAAUUUUAAGGUUGUUUUUCAAUUAUUUUUUUCAAGUAAAGUAAGUUUUGAGAUGAAUUUACAUAAGUAUUUUUGAUCUCAGCACCUGCAAUUUACUUCAGAUUUGAAAAUAGCACCUGCAAUUUACUUCAGAUUUGAGAAUAGCUGUAAGCAAUCAUCUGAUUUUUUUAAAUACAUAUUUUAGUGGUGUUAUGUGUCUCAUGUUUAUUGCUGAAUUAUUAUCUAUUUAAAAUUGCUUUCUUUACUGAUGUACUGACUGCCCUGUUUUGUGUAUUUGCCUUUACCAAAGAGAAGUGUAAUAAAGAAACUUUGAAAGUGA